CCUACCGUUCCCGUCUGCUGAAGCUGUGCAGUUUUCUUUGUCCGGCCUCAGCCCUAGCACUGGUGCUCCGGCGACGCAAACGGCCUGACUGGCAUGUUGUGACAAUGGGAGAUUCCAAAUAUGAGGCGAGCAGCCAAGGGGACCAAGCUGCGAAUACUCUGUUGUUCCUCGCUGCAGCAGUCAGCAAUUUAGUCAUCGGGAACGACAGCAUAUUCAGACGGCAAAGUCAAACAGAAUGGCUAACCCAGCCCACCGAGCCGUCCCAGCCCAUCUGGCCGAGCAUGAGGACGACGACGAUGCCGAGCAGAGGGGCUACGUGAAGGGUACCGACUACGCGCUGCCAUACUUUUCGCAGUGGUCGCGACUGCACGAGGGCGAGGUCGACGACGGGCUGCUCCGCCAUGUCAACUGCGGCUAUCUCUCGACCCACGGGGUGCCGCCGACGCUGCUGACGCUCAAGCAGCAUGCCCAGGCACUGUGCAUCCUCAUCCACGCCCUGAACCCGACGCUCAAGUCAGGCGAGAUCGCCGGCGGUGACCCGAGGGCCAGAGCGGGGGAGGACGACGACGACGACGACGACGACGCUUCGGCAUUCCGGUACCAGCUCAACGACGCCUUCGACUUCCUCGACGACCUGACAGUGCCCUACACCAACGACGACCCGGACCACCACAAGCCGCUGAUGGCGCUCGUGAACGAAGUCCGCGGCUGGCACGAGGCGCACGGGACCACGUACCACUGCCCGCUGGCCGAGACGCGGCCGCGCGGCAAGGGCGAGAAGCAACGCCCCUACGCGAGCCACCACUCCCUGGUCAUGCACGCCAACGCCUGCCUGGAGCGGCUGGACCACGAGUUCAGCAGCACCGGCGGGCUGCUCAGCCUGCUGCCGAUUCCAUCCUCCUCAGGGGAAGAAGAAGAAAACGACCCUGCAAACGCCGACCUCGCCAACGCGCGCAACAGCCUGCUCGGCCAGUGGCUGCUCUUCACGCAGCACCUGGUCAGCCGCAUGCACGACCUGGAGCGGUCCUACGGCAACGCGCUGGACGCGCUGGCGGGCGAGGCGGCCAUCCCGCAGCAGCACCUCUCCCGACUCGGGCCCGACGCGCGCACUAGCACCACCUGGCGGGGAGCGAACAUCGCGUACCAUCCGCAGGACCGGUGGAUCCUAGUCAACGCGGGCGACGACGUGUUCGACUACGUGCACCAGAUCCUGGACCGACAGGAAGCCCUCAUCCAGGCCAAGGAGAAGAUCUGGCGGCGCAACGGCGUCGCGGGCGAGUACAUCUGGACGCACGAGCGCGGCGGGCGGGAUUACGCGCGGGGCAUCGUGCCCGUCAACAUCGUGACGCGCUACUACCGGCUGGCCGGGCGGGGCAGGAACUCGCCGCUGUUCGUGCUGCCCGCGUGGGAGCACCACCCGGGCGUGCAGCACACGCGCGAGGCGGAGGCGCAGCCGACGGUGGUGGCGUGCGCGCAGCCCAAGUUCCCCGGCCGGGCGACCGAGCUGGAGAAGAGGUUCAUGGAGCGCAUCAACCGGGCGCAGAGGACCGAGAUGGAGAGCCUGCACGUCAUGGCAGAGGUGCAGGAGGUGAGGGAGCAGGUGGGGCUGUUGCGGCGGGAGAAUGAGAUGUUGGUCAAGACGAGGGACGCGCUGAUGUUGGCCGUUGGCGAGGGGGAGCGGGGGUUGGCGGAGCAGGUGCACAAGCAGAAGGAGAGGGCUGGAAAAGCCGAGAGGGAGGUCAGGGAGGCUAGGAGGGAGAGGGAUCGGGCUGUCAAGAGGGAGCGGGAGUUGAAGGAAGAGCUGCAGGCGCUGCAUAUGGAGGUGCGGUUGAUGAGGCAGAGGGAAAGGGAGAAGGCGAAGGGGAGGGAUGCGGGUGUUGUGUGAUUUUCAGUCUCGGGGCGUUUUCUUGGUCAAAUAAGUAGUACUAAACUGACUAGCAGUGAUCAUCAUACUAUUUAGUCCGAUUCAUACACCUUUCACCCACUGGUGCCUCAAGUCAACAACUCAGCGCGCUCUUUUUGUCCAAGAUUGCAUAACAAACGGUACCGCCUUUCACACGAACAUGGACGCCGUUUCAGGAUGGUAACAGGUUAAGGACCAAGCAUUCGCCGACGUCCCUCCGAGCUGGCAACUCCGAAAUGGUCUGACCUGUGUACCUGGUAGCUACCAGUAGUGGCGACCCUACACGUCAGCU